GUCAGUGAUGGUAAAGCUGGAAUUCCAGGCAGCUGGAACACCUAAAAUUGAGAUGUUGGACCCAAUUCCAAUAGGCUGGAAAACGAAAUUCCUUAAUUCCCACUAUUUUAUGGAUUCAGUGGUGCCAGGAGCCUCUCCUAGAACCUCAACACCUAAAACUGAGCUCCCGCUUCCAACUCCAGCGGUCAGGAAAGUUCAAUUCCCUAAUUCCCGCUAUUUCCACACCGCAGCCAGGCCAGUCCCACAGCGCUCCUCCCUCCAUCCCUUCUUCAGCCAUUCCCAACGGGAUUCCCCUCCCUCGAGGGCUCCUUUUACCCCUUCAAAACCUCAAGCUCAGCAUUUCUUCUUCCUGCCGCUAAACCCCGGAGCGGGAGCGGGAAGGGGCGUGGAGAAAGCGGGAAUUUCCCUCAGCUGUCCCCGCCCGGAGCCGCCCCUGAGGGGAACGGUGCCCUGAGGGGAGCGGCGCCCUGAGGGGAGCGGCGCCCUGAGGGAAAUGGCGGGAAAGGCGCUUCCAAGGAUUCCUUGGAAUUUUCCCGCUCUCUGCUGGCUCCUGGCCGUGCCCAUUCCCGGUUCCCUGAGUUUGGAAUGCCAGGAGCACCAAUACCGCUUCCAUGAUAAAUGCUGCAGCGACUGCCCCCCCGGGCAGAGGAUGCGGCGGCGCUGCACGGCCUGGGCCGACACCGAGUGCUCGCCGUGCCAGGACGGCUACUUCAGCUCUCAGCACCACCACGGCUUCUGCCGCAGCUGCACCGUCUGCCAGACCUGGAGGGGCAGUGAGGAGGUGAAGCCGUGCGAGAGGAGCUCGGACCGGCGCUGCCAGUGCAGGGCGGGGUUCGCGCCCAGCGGGAAUCCUGAGGGCAGCGAGUGCUCCCGAUGUCCUGAAGGGACUUUCUCCAGAGGAGGGAACGAGAACUGCCAGCCUUGGACCAACUGCAGCUUUUUUGGGAAGAGCACGCUCCGAGCUGGCUCAGCAACGGACGAUGCCCUGUGCAGCAGCCCUGGCCUGGAUCCCAUUCCCACAGGAUUCCUGGAAAACAGGGAUCCCAUUCCCACGGCGUUCCUGGAAAACAGGGAUUCUGUUCCCACGGCAUUCCCGGAGAGCAGCUCCAACACGUCCGGUCCCAGGGGGAUUCCCACGGUUUGUCGGGAUCCCGGCGGCCCCGCGGAGCCCGGCUGGGGUUCUUUGUCCCUGUUCCUGCUGUGCCUGGUCCUGCUGAUGGUGAGCGGAACUUCCAUCCUGCUCCUGCUCAUCCAGGCAGCCCGGAGAAAAACCAGGAAUGGGCCUGGGAGGAGCAUCCAGCACAAGGAGAGGAGCUGCCGGAUUCCCGUCCAGGAGGAGCACCUGGAUCCCAAUUCCAGCCUCACCAAGAACUGAUCCCGUUCCUGGCCCUUCCCGGCCUCUCGGAGCCCGGGAAUUCCUCAGGAGUUAACUGGAGGCCCCUUGAACCCUUCCAUUAACUCAGCAUCUCCCUUGGGAAUUCGGGAGAAUUCCCGAGGGAAUUCUGGGGGGAAUUUUCCCCCCUUUUUGGGCGAAUCCUUGCUCAGAUCCCUGAAAAUGUUCUGGGGAUGAAUUUCUGCUGGAAUUCCCAGCUGGGAAAUCAUGGAAAUCCUGGAGCAGGUGAAACCCGGGACAGCUCUGGGAAGAGAAAAUCCUUGGAUGCUCCUGCUGAGGGGAAAAUGGGAAUUCUCAACCCAAUCCUGGGAUUUUGGGGUUGGAUUUGAGCCCAGCUCGUGCUGCCUAAACCUGGGCUCAGCUUGGGGCCCAGAGCUGCAGAAAUCUUGGGCUGGGCACUUCAAAUGCCCCAGAUUUGAUGGAAAAAAGGAAUUUUACUCCUUUAAAGAUUUAAAAUUCUCUCAUUUCAUGAAAAAAAAAAUGAAUUUUAUUCCUUUAAAGGUUUCAAAUCCUCUCAAAUUUAAUGGAAAAAUGAAUUUUAUUCCUUUAAAGGUUUAAAAUCCUCUCAUAUUUCAUGGAAAAAAUGAAUUUUCCUUCUUUAAAGUUUUGAAAUCCACCCAAAUUUUAUGAAAAAUAGGAUUUAUUUUUUUUUAAUGUUUAAAAUCUCCUCAUGUUUUGUGGAAAGAAACGAAUUUUAUUCCUUUAAAGGCUUAAAAUCCACCCAAAUUUUAUGGAAAAAAAUGAUUUUUAUUCCUUUAAAGGUCUGAAAUUCCCAGAUUUUGGGACAAUCAGGAUUUGGUGGCAGCUCCUCCCACACUUCCCAAAAUGACUUUUCAUUGUCUGCUUCAUUUGCCACAAAUUUGGUUUUUUUGGGAUUUUUCCCAACCUCUGGAAGGUUUGGGAGGAGCCCAAAGAUUCCUUUGGCUGAAUUUCAAAGAUUUCCGUGGAAAUCCAGGGAAAAAUGGAAUUUUUUCUCAUUUGGGAGGGAUUUUCCCUCAGAAACUCGGCAAAAACCGGGAAUUUUACCCAAACGGCACCGAGAAUAUCCCAGAAAUUCCAGCUGGGAAUGGGGAUAGCGGAGGUGUUCAAAUCCAUGGAUUUGGAAUAUUUGGGAAUUGUAUAUGUCAUACAUAUCCGGGGUUUAUACCGUGUAUAAGAACGUUUGUAUCGUCUAUGGGAAUCUGGGAAUAAAAGUUUGGAAAAGCGAUCCCGGUGUGGCCGGGGAAAGGUGGGAAAACUCCUGCGGGAGCCGGGACGGCCAGGGAGGGAGGGGGAG